UUGUACAUUUUUAAUUUUUAUACUUAUUUAACAGGAAAAGCAGAAGAAUUCUAUAAGUUACCACGAAAAUUGAAAGAAGAAGAAAUAAAUAAAAUCAAAAACGAAAAAGAAAUGAAUAAUUUUAAAAAAGAAAAAUUAGAAAAAUUAGCAAAACAAAAUUGGGAUAAAUUUUAUUUAAGAAAUUCGGAUAAAUUUUACAAGGAUCGAGAAUGGACACAAUUGGAUUUUGUUAAAUAUCUUCCCGACGCGUUCGAUUCAUCGGUGAAUUUGAGAUAUUUGGAAAUUGGUUGUGGUGUUGGUAAUAUGCUUUUCCCGAUAAUGAAACAAUUCAAUCAUUGGACAUUUUACGCUUUUGAUUUCUCAAAAAAUGCGAUUAAUUUACUAAAUAAGCGAAUUAGAGAAUCGAAUUACGAUAAAGAAAAAGUGAAUGUUUUCGUUGGCGAUUUAACUGAUCACGAAUUCUGUUGGUUAUAUUCGUUUGUUGAUUUGAUUACUGCAAUAUUUGUGCUCAGUUCGAUUCAUCCCGAAAAAUUAACGGUGGCAAUUAAAAAUUUAAAAAAAUGCCUUAAACCCGGUGGUACUGUUAUUGUAAGAGAUUAUGGCAUUUAUGAUUAUGCUAUGCUUCGAUUUGGUCGUAAUUCGAAGAUUGCUGAACGAUUUUAUGCACGCCAAGAUGGUACUAGAACAUUUUAUUUUAUGCUCGAUGAACUAAUUGAUAUUUUCUCAUCGGAAGGAUUUCGGAUAGCAAAAAGUGAAUAUCUAACGCCUAUAAAAAUGAUUGAACAUAAGCAAGUUAGUAUGGAACGAGUUUUCGUACAGGCAACGUUUAUAUUAACUUCUGCUUAA